AUGGGUGAUUCAGAAAGUAUUGAUGAGUAUUCUGGAAAAUUCACCAUUAUCGUCAACAAAUUGAGAGGCCUCGGCAAUACUGUGGAUGAUAUCCAAGUAGUUAAGAAACUUCUACGAUCCACCUCUGCAAAGUUUCUUCAAAUUACCUCAACGAUUGAGGAGUUCAGUGAUCUCAAAACGAAAUCCGUUGAUGAGAUUAUUGGAUCACUCAAGGCACAUGAAGAAAGGUUGCAAGAGUUUGGAGAAAAAGAUGAAACCGUUCUCCUCACUCAUACAGAAUGGAAGGAACGAGAGACUGCAAAAUCCUCAAAGAAAGAAUGGAAGGAUCAAGGCAGUUCCAGAGGAGGUGUCAGAAAAUGGGACACUUUCGCAUCAAAGUGUUCCACAAAAGACGAACAACUCAACCUGAUAGAGAUGCAAAAGGAUGAGGAGUCUUCACUGCUGAUGAUAGAGGCGUGUGAAAUUAAAACCACACAUGACAAAGAGCCUAAUUUUGUGAUGUUGAAUGAAACUAUAGUGCCGCCACCAGACAAUAUUGGAGCUGAAAAUUCCUCGUUCCUAGAUACUGGAGCAAGCAACCACAUGUCAGGAGAAAGGAGGGUCUUUCGUGAGCUCGACACAUCUAUUGUUGGAAAG